UAGUGGAGUAUAUCUAGAUUUUUCAAAUUAAGUUUGACAAAAUAUUAAUAAUUUAUGUCAUUUUCUGUCCGUUAUAUAGCUGUAUAGUAAACCCAGAUUAAUUGUAUUCCCCCCGCUGUGAAUAAAUGAUGGUACAUUCCCUGACAGCAACAGCUGAGCUAGUCUUGCUACCCAUGCCCGACCAUCUACCGAGGCACCGUGUUCAUAUUUUCAAACAACCAGGAGUUCGUCGUUUCGAGUUAUUUGAGUGCUCUCGCCAUUGUACAUCGCCAAAAUGUCCGCGGCCAAGAAAGGAGACUUGUCCCCUAGUGAAAAGGAGUUGUUUGACGUUAUUUCGACAGGAAAUGUCCAAGAGGCUUCCAGACUUCUGGGCUGCAAAGAUGUCCGAGUCAACUGCUUGGAUGACUACGGCAUGACGCCUUUGAUGCACGCCGCCUACAAGGGCAAAGCCGACAUGUGCAAGCUGCUCCUGAGGCUCGGCGCCGACGUCAACUGCAACCACCACGAGCACGGAUACACCGCGCUCAUGUUCGCCGGACUCUCAGGGAAGACGGACAUCACGUGGAUGAUGUUGGACGCUGGGGCUGAGACGGACGUGGUCAACUCUGUCGGCAGGACCGCAGCACAGAUGGCCGCCUUUGUUGGUCAACACGACUGCGUGACGGUGAUUAACAACUUCUUUUCUCGUGCCCGACUUGACUACUACACCAAAGUUCAGGGUCUGGAGAAGGAACCCAAAUUACCGCCUAAGCUAGCUGGACCCUUACACAAGAUCAUCAUGACGACCAACCUCAACCCUGUUAAGAUGGUCCUGCUGGUGAAGGAGAACCCUUUGCUGGCCUCGCCCUCAGCCCUGGACAAGUGUCGUCGAGUGAUGGAGCUCAUCUGCGAGAAGUGCAUAAAGCAGCGAGACAUGAACGAAGUGCUAGCCAUGAAGAUGCACUACAUCAGCUGCGUGCUGGCCAAGUGCGCCUCCUUCCUCGGCGAACGCGACGACCAGCUGGACGGACUCAUCAAGAGUCUUCUGAAAGGCCGAGAAAGCGACGGCUUCCCGGUGUACCAGGAAAAGUUCAUCCGCGAAUGCGUGCGCAAGUUCCCCUACUGCGACGCCACGCUGCUGCAGCAGCUGGUGCGCAGCAUCGCCCCCGUCGCCAUCGGCAAUGACCCCACAGCUCUAUCGGUGCUGACCCAGGCCAUCACAGGGCAAGUCGGCUUCAUGGACGCAGAUUUCUGCACCACGUGCGGAGACAAAGGAGCCCAGAAAAGAUGCUCCAUUUGUAAAAUGGUGAUCUACUGCGGCCAAGCGUGUCAAAAGUUGCACUGGUUCACACACAAGAAAGUCUGCAAGAAGCUUCAAGAGCAGCGAGAGCAGCACCAAGCCCAAAGCAAUCAAGUCGCCGAGGAGAGUGAAGCAAUCGAGGAGGCCUCCGAGUCCAUGAAGCAGCUUAACGUGGACACCAACAGCUAGACCGAGGACACCCAAACAAAGCCAUGACUCCAUUACAAAUGGACCUGUGACGCGCGCAGCCGCCCGCCACCACCCGAACUUUGGUGUGCUGGAAGCGCCCAACGAUGUCCGUCAUCAGGUCCAUGUUUUCUUGGGCCACGACAACCACGAUGCUGCGGAUCCAUGAUACCCUGCGAGGACAUCCCAUUUUCACCCAUCUCUGUUUUGACGUUUAACUGCCUCCUGAGAUGGCUAAAAUCGAAUCCCCCUUUCAAAUGUGUCCCUAAUCUUAACUCAAUAAUUAGCAGCAUUAGCUUCUGAUAAUAAUUUUAUAAUGGGAGCAGUUGGUUGUCAAUCUAACAAAAACUCGUCUCGUCAUUGGCCCAGAUAGAAAUAGGGGCGGGGUUAAGGCUGGUCGCAUAACAGACACAUGCAGCAUGGCAACAUGUCUGCACAAAUGCGCAUGCAAUUUUUGAUUCUUGGCAAUAUUUUGGCAAAGCUACGCCACAGCCAUGACCUGGAAUUUUUUUUAAAUCGUAAAACAGUCAUAUUUCUGCACAAAUAUUGUAAUCCCAGUGUUUAGCGUGAGUUAUGAACCACUGACUCGACUUGCACCGUUUAAUACACCGACAUACGAA